AGUAAGGGCAAACCGCGGCACUUUCCCUUUGUCGCACAGCACUUAUAACAACCCAUCUAAAUCAUCUUUUGAAUCUUCAAUCUCGUCUUUUCCUUCAAGAUUUAUCUUCCCAUAUUUUAGGAGAUUUACUCAACUGAGUCUGUGAAGUCCAUGACAACAAUAAUUAUCUCGAUCUAGGCGUUAUCUCCAUCAUGGCAUCUGGCUGGGCUCCUGACAGGAAUCCUAUCGAGCUCGCUGAUGGUACUCUGAUUUGCGAAAGGCAUCGUCAAAUCAUCUGUUAUAUAUGUUGCUGUGAUUAUAGCUUCGUACAAGAGCUUCGCAAUGAGGAGGAACAGGCUGCUGAAGAUGCCGGGAAUGAAGGUCUACGAGCCUUCUCUCAAGCUCACUUUGGAGAUGAACUUGGUCAUUCGGCAGAUUUUCUCUAUUCUGCUGGUGCCACACCUCGUCACCCCACUGCAAUGAACAGCUCCGUUUCUCGAGACGGAUCUGAAAUACCCUUCGCGUCGGGAUCCAUCCCAUCCAUGACCAAAUUUGUCCCACCUAGGUCUACCGACAGUCCCAGCAUGAUUUUCCAAGGAGCCCAUCGUUUUAUCCGACGUACAAAUCCUCACGAAAUACUCAUCUACACGGAUGGCGCCUGUUUAUCUAACGGCCUCGCCAAUCCUCGUGGCGGUUGCGGUCUCAUCGUUUCCCCAACUCACAAAGUCAACUUCAGACUCGAAAACACCGGCCCAACUGAUGAACCCCACCCUCAGACUAGCAAUCGCGCCGAAUUGCGCGCCGUGAUUGCCGCCCUCCAACAUCGUUACUGGCAAGGUGAUUGCAUGGGAGCCUGGACUCGUCUCGUCAUUGCUACGGACUCCGAAUACGUUGUUUUGGGCGCAACUGAACGAAUCCGCGGCUGGAACACGCGGGGCCGGCGAACCAACGCUGGAAAACCAGUCAAAAAUCAAGAUUUGUGGAAGAAGCUGAUACAUGAGAUCCAGAAGUUGGAUGAGCCACAAACAUUCAUGCAACCUCCUCAUGGCACAUCAGUUUCAUUUUGGAGGAUUCCAAGGGAGUGGAAUGAAGAUGCAGAUGCGGAGGCAAAGAAGGGAGCUGAGCUGGAGGACGUGCAAAGAUACACGGAGAUUCUCGGGGUGAUGAUUUGACUUUGUAGGACUGGCGGACUUGUGGAUUUAAGGUUAGGCUCCAGUGUGAUUGGAGUUAAGUUUGACAUUAAAGACUGAGAAUUAUACACCGAAUGGGGGUGGAGGGUGCUUCUCACGUUUCUAUGCAAUUCUAUUUGUUCUGGCUUGUGGUUUUCUUACUAUUUAUUUUUAGGUAAUCUAGAAAAAGAAAGGCAUCGUGUGGUGAAUG